AUGCAAUCCGAGUUUUUCGAACAGCCAUCUCCCAAGCUUAAAGCGAUUGUUUUCGCUGAAUUUGACAAUAAAAUUGGUCGAGUCGUCAGAUAUCAGGUAAGGCGAGAUGGUAUCGCUUAUUGUUUUAGGUUCCUGGUGAAAUCUUCAGUCCAACUCAUUUUGAUGCGUUUGCUUCGGCUAUAAUCCCGUCGGAAGAUAUGAGGGAUCGUCUUAUUAAGGUUAACAUGUACGAUUGGAAAGUAAUGGGGUAUCCUGUUGGAAUACGACAUGAGAAAUACGAACGGAAAGUAUACAUCUUCAAUAUGUGUUUCGUGGUGGACAAACGAGACACCCAGAGUGAUUGCAUGUAUGAACCAUUGGUCCAAAAAUGUGCUGAAUAUCUGGUAGAUAUGGAAGUUGAAGGAGAAUUUCUAAGCAGAAACGAUUCCAGAUUGAAGGAUCUGAUGCAGAGGGUAUUUCAAGGGCUGAACGAGAAUGGUAGGACGGGAAACUGUCUGCAUUAUCGAAUGGCUUUUAGGUGAAUGUAUUUAUUCGAUUACAAACGAGACCACUUUGUAUCUCAAAUUGUGCCCUGCGUUCCAUGGUCUGGAGCCACCUUCCGUGGAUCCGUUUAUGGUCCCAGUCUUCACCAAAACCCCUCCCAUUUCUGUCGCUGACCUCAGCAAGAUGGAUGUUUUAUCUCAGAAAGUAGGUUUGACGAUUGAACAAUUAAUGUAAUGUUAUUUGCAGAUCUGUCCGUAUAUUGAUGGCGUAUGUUGUGUGAAAGACAUUGCGUGUCUGGUUCAGAUAGAUGUCGAUCUAGUUAGCCGCUGCAUCAGAAAUCUCUACUUCUAUGGAUGUGUCGCAUUGCUGCCAAUGUUUUUGUAUUCCAAUUAUUAUAUGGCUACUUCUCGCGUUCGAUUGUUUAUGAAGGAGCAGAAAGUGGUGGAAGAAUGUAUUUAUUUUGUGAAGAAGGACAAAGCCUUGUCCAUCCCCACCAGAAGUGAUCUCUUCCGAUUGUAUAUGAGUCUUUCGGUAGGUGUAAUCAUCGUUCUUGUAAUUUUUUUAGCCAAAUAUGGACAUGCAGAAUUGGUUCCGAGUUCAUAAUCCCAGGGAUUUUAAUAUUGAUGAGAGGAGAUUUAUCCAAUUCGGAGUGUUUUACAACUUCAUCAAGGUCCUCAAGGUGUAUCCUCAAACGGAUGACUUACCGGAAUCAAGGUAAUAUUAACAUUCAAUUAGCUUACUUCUCAUAGGAUGUCCGAAUUAUGUAAUGGCGAGAAUACGGUGGAAUCAGUUGCUGCCACGUUGUCCUGCUCCUCUUUUUCAUUACACAAACGACUUCAGGAACAAGACUUAUCGAUGAUUUACCGAUGA